CACACAAGAGCCAUCGGCACAAGAGCUACUCCGCUCUUGUGCGCGAGUCAAGGGGUCGCGCCCAAAUUCACACCGACAUGCCGGAUCUCAGACGAGUGCACCGAUUUCGCGACCACGCCGUCACAGGCGUCAACUGGCGACCGACUCGCUUUGUCGACAAGGUGCCCACUUCGCGCAUAUGUGGCCUCUGUCGCAUGAUUCCAAAGAGGACUCUCCUGUUGCCAUGUGACCACGCUCUUUGCCAAUCGUGCCACGCCGCCAACUCCCAAGGAAGCGGUGGCCUUUGUCCCUUGGACCACGAGCCAUUCGAAGAAGAUCAAUGUGUCAACUAUGAUUUGUCUAUCAGAAGGGCAAAUUCUUUGAAGGUUCACUGCUGGAAUGAAGCACAUGGAUGCCAAUUUGAGGGAACCGUGGAAGCUAUGCUGCGACACUACGAGAACGAAUGCACAUUCCACACAGUGGAGUGUCUGCGUUGCGGCGAGGAAGUCCUGCACCGAGAACUGUCAACGCACUGCGCAGCCGGAUGCAGAGUCGUGGCUUCAACAGCAGGCACAGAGAACACCUCAUCGGAAUGUACAGAAGUGAAACUUCAAGUUGUGACUGCUGCUGUCGAAGAACUGAAGACGUUGUUGAGGGACGUGAACAGCAAGCAGCAGCUGCUUGCGAUUCAAAUUCAAAUCAAUGGGCUCAUCGAGCAGAUCAGGAACAAAGAGUCCAGUUCGGCCGUAAUCCCUCACGAUGUCGCGGCACCUUCAACGUCUGAGCUGGCUCAAGUCGCAGCACCGAGUACCUCGAGAUCGUUGCAAGAAGGAAAUUCUCGGCAGGACCCGAAUGAGGAAGCAACUACGCCGUCUACGUCCCGUUCCCGCCAGAAGAAUAUGUCGAAACGUUCAAAGACGGAACCCCUUGUGGACCUGCCGCGAGAAGUUCUGCAAGCCAUGCGCAAAACAUCCUCGCAAGUUUAUCCUCAGCAUGCAAUUACUCGUUUUUCAAGAAAAAUGAAAUGUCGUCUAAAGUUAACUAGUCCAUUGUCGACGACAGUUACAUGGAGGAAAGUGCUUGGAACCGUGAAAUAUGUUCUGACGCUCCAGAAUUUCCCCAUGGAAUCGUCAUCGCUCAAAUCCAAGUUUGCUGAUUUCACUGUGCUGCACACGAAGGACGCUUACUUUACAGUUCAAGUCUACUGUCGUCCAGGUCCUCUCUGUGAUCUUUGCGUGGCAAUUACAUUUCAUGGAAUGCGUGGAGACUAUCGGUGUCCGCCGCCUGUUUUCGUCGUCAAGGCUUAUAACAUGAUAACAGGGAAAUUCAUUCGUAUGAACAGGGAUGAAAAGACACUUGACUGUAACCACGAUAGACAUUCAUGGGCACAUUGUCACCACAUAUACUACAAAUACUUUGAUUCUCUAAAGUACACGGGUAACCUAUUAGACGGACUCAAGUUCGAAAUCGGGCUCCGGCGUCGAUAAGAACGCGCGGGCGGGAUACUCGAGUGCCCAGAUUUUUGGCUGAACUUAAAAGUGUUUCUCGCGUCUUUGCUAUUGAUCACUAGUGAUUUAAGAGUGCAUGUCGUAGCAUAACAUAAACACGAAACCUAGAGUUUGUCAGCAUUGAGCGCAUAACUAAAUGUUGCACCGCUUAACCUCCUUUCCGCUUUAUGUGUGCGUGUGAUGUCAAGACAGUGAAGUUCUGACUGAUGUUUCGGAUCCUGAAUAAAGCACGUCGUGCGUAUU